CCAGCUGAACCCAAACCGAGCAGCAGAGCAACAGUGAACUUAUGAUCAGGCUGUGAUGCACACGGGUGACGCCGCGCUCCUGUAGUCGCAUAACCAAAGACUGGCGUGGGAUCGGUCCCUGCUGCGCCUCAUCUGGAAUAACGUCGGGAAAAUCCAGAAAUUUCAUUAGCGGGUGUUUUUUUUUAAAAAAAGGAGGCGAGCAGUGUGUUGAAAUUAAUCCCUUUUUGGCAAACGUUUUCCAUCGGAAGGGGGUUUUCUGUACUUUGCAGAAGCCAGAGCAGAUUUAUUCCGAUAUCACCAAAUAUAGGCUGUAAUAAGGAACCAUGGGAAAGCAGAACAGCAAGCUGACUCCUGAGGUGAUGGAGGAUCUGGUGAAGAGUACAGAGUUUAAUGAACAUGAGCUGAAGCAGUGGUACAAAGGCUUCCUGAAAGACUGCCCCACUGGCAGGCUGAAUCUGGAUGAGUUCCAGCAGCUUUAUGUCAAGUUCUUCCCUUAUGGCGACGCAUCCAAAUUUGCACAACACGCCUUCAGAACCUUUGACAAAAACGGAGACGGGACCAUUGAUUUCCGAGAGUUCAUCUGUGCUCUGUCCAUCACAUCCCGUGGCAGCUUUGAGCAGAAACUCAACUGGGCCUUCAACAUGUAUGACCUGGAUGGUGACGGCAAAAUCACUAGAGUGGAGAUGCUGGAGAUAAUCGAGGCGAUCUACAAAAUGGUGGGCACUGUGAUCAUGAUGAAAAUGAACGAGGAUGGUUUGACACCAGAGCAGAGGGUGGACAAGAUCUUCAGCAAAAUGGAUAAGAACAACGACGACCAGAUCUCGUUGGACGAGUUCAAAGAGGCGGCGAAGAGCGACCCGUCCAUCGUGCUCCUGUUGCAGUGUGACAUGCAGAAGUGAGCACUCCCUGCUCGCUCCUCUCCCUGUCUGUAAUCCACACACUCUGGACAGCAGCACAUGUUUUAAUGUCUCAUUAGGUUCUCUGCCAUUUCCACAGGAAAAAAAACAAUGCUUGGACUAUUUUUCAAUGGACUCGCUUCUUGUGGUUGUAUGCAUGAGAAUGUCAAAUGCUGAAUAAUUUUGAAUAUAGCUAUAAGAUAUCAUACAUUUCUAUUUCAAAACAUGCCAAUGUGAUUUGUGCACAGUAACCCUAUACAUUCUCAUUCAACCCUAGCUUGUAUAUCAGUGGAGCACUGCAUUAAAUUAUGUUCCUGCAGUAUUUAGGAUCCCCAGUGUUGACUGCUGCAACUACUGUACGCUUUACAUAAUAGUAACAAAACAAUAAUUCCUAUGAUAAUUGUAACUGUCUCUACUAUCCAGACUUGUUGAGCUCUUGGAGAAUAGAGAGGCUCCUGUCUGUUCCAGAUGUUUUCACAUGAUGGAACCAAGAAGAGUAGGUUCUUUGCAUGCAUAUAUUAUGUGUCAAAAAAAUAUAAUCUCUUACCUUUUGCAUCUUUAGGUGGUUAUAAAAGAGAAAACCUCCGGAAAUUCAUUUAGUAUUGUUGCAUGGGAUGUACAGUAUGUGAUUCAUCAGACUUUCAUUACUUCACCUCCAGUAAUGUGGGAGCAUGCUUCCCUACAUUUGACACACGUGUAUGUGCGACACUUGAGUUUUUGAAAGAUAUUUGGCUUGCAGUUGUGGGAUAAUCUCAGAGGAAGAGCUUUCACAUAAACAUUGUAUUAUGUUUUGCUUCAGUGACUUCUGGGAUGAGCAGAAAUAUAUUUAUGGAGCAGCAUUCCUUUUAUGAAUUUAUUGUACUGCUGCCGCUUAAUCUAGAAGAAAGGCCUAAAUUACCGCUGUCAGUAGGCACAGUACUCAUGCAUUAUUCCCCCACAAGGAUCCAAAAUUGGCUUCUUUUUCAGGCUGCUUAAGCAAUUUAGACUUAAACAACUUAACUCAGUACAUAUCAACAUGUUUACAGAAAGGAAGAGCACUGCAAACUGAGUACAGUUUUGGCUUUUGACCUUAUUGCUGGGAGCUCACUCUCUGGGCCGGGGACCUUGUAAGAGGGGCUCCACUUCCAAUGCAGCAAAAAAAGGGGGUGGGGAAAGCCUCAUAUAUGUUUACUGGACACACUGCAUUCCUACUUAUAAAACUUUUUUGUAAGGAGAAACUUUUUAUUGAAAGGUCUCAUCUUCUAAACUAUUCUGUUUGCAACAAUCAUUAAAGAUGCAGGACCCUCAAGAGAGGUGCUUAACAAAGCUUUUGAAAGAGCGUUUCAGAGCGUGUGAGACGGCAGCUGGAUGACGAUGUGGGUUCAAGCGAGUGCAGAAAUUCUCUUUCAACAGUUUUGCUUCCCCAUUUCUAGGCUAUGCAAGCAAGGACUGAGUGUCUGCUUGUAGUCCACUUACAGUAGUGGAGGUUGCAGAAGCUUUUCACUGUUCUGUCUAUAACAUAAUUGAAACCAACCCUCACAUUAGUAAUGUCUAUCUUAUUUACACAUUUCAGUCCAGUCACUACGUCAGAUUCUUUGUCUAGUAAAUGUUUAUAUCAAAUAUGAAAAAUCAUAAUACAAGUGACUGUAUUCUUUUAUACAUGUGGCAUGUGUUGCACCCAAAAAUAAUUCUGUAGUGAUUAAAAUGAAUAAACCAUCACAAGGCUUUUUCAAAAGACACAAUCUAUCAGGUGUUAUUAAUGGAACACGUGAGUGGAUAUGAUGGAAAGUAUGACGGAUACAAAGGUGUUUAGAUUAUCCAGAAAGUUUAUUGUAACAAGGAUGAUGAUUUUUGACAGCAAUUACAGUUAACUAAGGCUAGAUGAGCAUUUUAAGAGAGCAAUGUUUAUGUCAGUAUUUUGUUUUAGUUUUUUUUGUUGCUUUUAUUAGACUGUAGCAGUUGAAGAG